GCCAUGUCACGACAUCAUGAACAGCUCUUGAGGCGCAUAUGCCAGAACGAACCAACCUUUAGUAAGGCGAAGACAAUUCUACACACAGCGAGCCUCAAGACCACCCCGGGUUCUGGGUAUGAGCUCGGGCAGGGCGCGACUGGACUGCCGGCUAUAUGCGCGUACAUCGCUGCAGAAGAGUUGGGAGACGACGACAUCGACGAGAAGUCCGCGCAAGCUGCGUCCUGCCUCAAGCCCAAGGUCUUCAAGACCACCCUCCAGACAGUGCGGUCCGCCCUCGCUGCUGUUGCUGCUGCGGCGACGUCGCCCACAAAGCGGGCGUCGCGGAACAUCAGCUACAAGCAGCUCGUGGAUGACGCGAAGAUUGGGCGGAAGGGCAUGGUGACAGAGUGGAUGAAGGAUGCGGAGCGGACGCUCAUGGACAACCGGGAGAUGCGGAGGCGUUUUCAGAGCGCGUAUGACGCGAUCACGCUUGCAGUCUUUUGCUGGGUGUGUGGGCUCAUGGGGAACAAGAAGGUCAAGGCACCUGAUCUCUUGGACAAGUACGACGUCCCGCGGGACCAGUUCGACGAGCUCACCGACGCGCUGCACGAAGUGUGCAAGGACGUCGCGAAGGACAUACAGAACGACAUCGCCGCACUCAAAGCGGGAACUUACGUCCCCAAAACCCGUCCCACGACGGUGACCGUGUCGCCGACGAAGGGAUCUGCAGCCACCCUCCCCCCGCCCAUCGCCCCGCCUGCCCGCUCGCUCAGCCGUUCCCCUUCGAAGUCCGCGCUACGCGCACCGAGCCUGGGCCUGACACCUACGAAGACCCCCUCCCACAAACGCAAGGUUGCGUUCGACGACCCGAUCCCCGAGGAGGACGAGGAGGAGUUCGACGUGACCGCGACCCCCUCGAAGCGCCAGAAGCUCUCCUCGCCCGUGAAGCCCUUGCCCCCCACGCCCGCCUCCGCGACCGCACGCGCGUCCUCCCGUCUCGCAGACGUCGCCACCGCGCGCGCCGCACGGGAGGCGGAAGAGGCUUUCCGGGCCCACGAACAGCCGGUGGCAGGCCCCUCGACCCCCCGCCGCGCGCGAACGGCCCCGUCACAGCCGCCGUCGACGCACUCGUCGCGCUCGGGCCGCUCGCGCUCGCAGACGGGCAGCGCGCCGACGACCCCGAGCAGGCACGGGAAAGCGCGGAUGUCGACGGUGCGCGAGGAGCUGGGGGGCGGAGACAGGCCGGCAAGGAGGAGAUGCCGGCCGGUGUUUGCGGACCAGCAGCAGUGGCUUAGAGGCGACUCGCGCCUGGAACGCGAGCUGAAGCCGUGGAUGAAGAAGUGGCGGGAGCUGGUGCAGAGGGCGGGGGGAGACGUGUGGAAGGCGGCGGGGAUGGUCGGGGAGGGCGCGGCCGCGACGGUGCGGGUGGCUGCGUAGGCGGGGGACGUGGUUUGGGUCGGACGUCGAGUUCGAUAUGGUACACGGGCGUUGUUUGGUUCUGACGGACGGGAUUGGAUAUCACGUAGCGGCUUGGACACCAGGUAUGAUGGGAUCGAGUUGCGGUUACGGACAUUUAGGAACGUCAGACGACUUCAGGGGUAGACAC